CCGGGCCGGGGGUAGUGGCGGCGCCUCCUCGGGCGGCGGCGGCCAGUUAGCUCGGCGGGGGCGGUCGGGCGGGGUUUCCCGGCCAGGUGGGUGCCGGCGGAGAGCGGAGCCUGGUCGGGCCGGGGGUCUGCGCUGCCGGCAUGGUGCAGCAGGAGCCCGCCGGGGCGCCGGGGCUGGUGGCGGCCGCCGCCACCACCGCCGAGGUGCGGCUGUCCCGGCGUCGCUGGGCCGUGGUGCUGCUCUUCAGCAGCUACUCCUUGUGCAACGCCUUCCAGUGGAUCCAGUACGGCAGCAUCAACAACGUCUUCGUGCACUUCUACGGCGUGAGCGCCUUUGACAUCGACUGGCUCUCCAUGACCUACAUGGUCACCUACAUCCCCCUGCUCUUCCCCGUUGCCUGGCUGCUGGACAAGAGGGGCCUGCGCCUCAUCGCCCUGGCCGGCUCGGCCCUCAACGCCCUGGGCGCCUGGGUGAAGCUGGGCAGCCUGAAGCCGCACCUCUUCCCCGUCACUGUUCUGGGGCAGGUCAUCUGCUCCCUGGCCCAGGUCUUCAUCCUGGGCAUGCCCUCGCGCAUCGCCUCGGUCUGGUUCGGCUCCCGUGAGGUCUCCACCGCCUGCUCCAUCGCUGUCUUUGGGAACCAGCUUGGAAUCGCUGUGGGCUUUCUGGUCCCUCCAGUUCUGGUUCCCAACGUGGAAGAUGUGGAGAAGCUGGCCUACCACAUCAGCAUCAUGUUCUUCAUGACUGCAGGUGUAGCAACAGCCCUGUUCAUCCUGGUCAUCAUAGUCUUCAAGGAGAAGCCCCCACAUCCUCCGAGUCGAGCUCAGGCCUUGAUCCAGUCAAGACCGACAGAAGAGUAUUCCUACGUGCAAUCAAUCCUCAGCCUGCUCCGCAAUGUCAACUUUUUGCUGCUUAUGAUCACUUAUGGUCUGAAUGCAGGUUGCUUCUACGCCCUGUCCACUCUGUUGAGCCGCAUGGUGAUCCAUCACUACCCAGGGGAGGAGGUGAAUGCUGGCAGAAUUGGACUCACCAUUAUACUGUCAGGGAUGGUUGGGGCUCUGAUCUCUGGCAUCUGGUUGGACAGAACGAAAACCUACAAACAGACAACACUAGUUGUCUAUAUCAUGUCUCUGGUGGGAAUGAUAGCCUAUACCUUCACACUGAGCUUAGGCCACCUCUGGGUGGUCUUUGUGACUGCAGGCCUGCUGGGGUUUUUCAUGACAGGAUACCUUCCCCUGGGCUUUGAGUUUGCUGCAGAGUUGACAUACCCAGAAUCAGAAGGAACAUCAUCGGGGCUCCUUAAUGUCUCAGCACAGGUUUUUGGUAUUGCCUUCACCAUCGGCCAAGGGCAAAUCAUGGAUCGCUUUGGGACAAAGGCAGGAAACCUCUUUCUUUGUUCCUUCUUGUUCCUGGGGACUGUUAUGACAGCAUUCAUUAAGGCUGACCUCCGAAGACAUCAGGCCAAUUUGGAUAAUGAACAGACAAAAGUGAUGCCAGAAGCCUGCACUGAUCCCAUAGUCCUUGAGGAAUCAAAGCUGUGAAAUGGAGGGGUGGCAGAGCUGGGAGAUGCAGCCCCACAAUUCCCAUCUUUACUACCUACUCUCUUCCUAUUAUAUGUGCACCAUGGUGGGAGGCAGCCUCAGGACAGGAGCCCAGUGAACCGCUUGCAGAGAGUGUGAAAGAGCAAAACAAGAAGGGAGUUGCUCUUGUCAGUUAUAUCUCUGCAUCUUGCUGUUUUGGAGGCUUUGCUGCUUGGGAGGAAAAGUUGGAAAAACUCACUGCUUCCCCCAUAUCCCACCAUGUAUGCUUGGAAAACAAAAAGCACACGUGCUAAGAAAAGCCAUGGUUCCAGGCUGGCCCUGAGAGUGAGGGUGGUACCCUCCCUCUCCUCUCACAGGGAAGCUGUGACGUGAAAUACAGAAGCUGGAACAUGCUUACUCUGUAAGCAGCCCUUGAAGAGCCUUCAGCUCGCCCUCAGGAAGGGAGCUUGCUUUGCCUUGGUACCUGUGAUGCUCUGUGUUGCACAGGUGAUGGUAGAGGCCUCAGCACAUCACAAGCAAGUGCCUUUUGCACGUUUCAAUACUACAUAAAAACUUUUGUGAAGUAUUACAUUGAGAUAACCAGCCAAGGCUGUGUUCCUCUUUACAGCCACAGAAAGGGGUCUGACUAUGACUGGAAUCCAGAUUUGCUCCCAUGUGGAAGCUUUCCACCUCAUAAUAGAGAACAGGACAACAAGCCCCCUUACCAGCACUUGCGUUUUGUAGACACUGCCCUUCAUAUGCUGCUAUCUUCUAAACACAAAUGUAGAUCCUUAUUUCUCUUCUCUUUCCUUUCCAGCAUCCCUCCACUGGUGGAGAUAUCAAAGUGUCCUUAUAUUCCUUAAAUCAUGCAUAUAUAAUUUGGGGAUGCACAUACAAAACCCACAACCAGGUGGAACAGAUAAAAACAGUCUUCUCUGACAUACCAUUUUUGACAGAACAUUUUUUGGGUGAUUGACACAUUAAAAAAUUCAAGUCUUGCCUUGGAGAGUUUGGGAUUGAGGAUGGGGGUUUAAAAUGGCUUUUCAGUAGAAGUUUUUAUUUUAUAUAAAAACAUUUGAAGUGUGCAAUGAAACCUGACACAUUCAUAUUAAAUGGUUGAAACAGGCUA